UAGUAUUUUUUUCAACGUUGAUAUACAUCGGCUGAACCUUAUGUUGCGUCAGUUGAAAUGCCUGAGGCUGGGAAAUUCAGAUUUGCAAUCGAUCGUGGUGGAACCUUCACCGAUAUCUGGGCGAAAUGUCCUGAUGGUGAGGUAGUUGUGACUAAGUUGCUUUCUGUGGAUCCUUCGAAUUACCAAGAUGCCCCGAGAGAAGGAAUCAGAAGGAUUAUCGAGAAGAAAACAGGGAAGGUGAUGCCAGCAAAUCAACCAAUAAAUACGUCGAAUAUAGAAUGGAUUAGAAUGGGUACGACCGUAGCAACCAACGCUUUAUUAGAAAGAAAGGGAGAGAAGAUGGCAUUAGUUAUAACGAAAGGUUUCAAAGAUCUUCUACAUAUUGGAAAUCAAGCCAGACCAGAUAUAUUUGAUUUGGAAAUAGUAACACCUGAGAAUCUGUAUGAAUGUGUUAUUGAAGUUGAUGAACGACUUGUAUUAAAACAAGACAGGUGUGAGGUCAACUAUCCAUAUACAGGUGUGUUUAAAGGAACCACAGGAGAACAGUUGGAAGUAUGGAAACCCAUUGAUGUAAAGAAAUUGAAAGAAGAUUUACAAGUUGUCCUGGAUGAAGGUAUAACCAGUUUAGCUGUAGCCUUGAUGCAUUCCUACACAUGUGGUGAACAUGAGAGACAGGUUGGUCAACUAUCCAGAGAAAUGGGUUUUAAACACGUGUCCUUGUCAUCAGAAAUAAUGCCAAUGAUAAGAAUAGUACCUCGUGGUUUCACAGCAUGUGCUGAUGCCUAUCUAACACCAUGUAUACACAAAUAUGUAGAAGGUUUUGCUUCUGGAUUUUUAGGAGGGUUAGCUAAUACACGGGUAUUAUUUAUGCAAUCUGAUGGUGGUCUUACUCCUGUAGACAAAUUUAAUGGUUCUAGAGCUAUAUUAUCAGGACCUGCUGGUGGUGUUGUUGGAUACGCUUUAACAACAUACAAUCAACAAACUAAACAACCUGUCAUAGGCUUUGACAUGGGAGGAACAUCAACUGAUGUGAGUCGUUAUGCUGGUCAAUAUGAACAUGUAUUUGAAACAAGUACGGCUGGUAUUACUAUACAGGCACCACAGUUAGAUAUUAAUACAGUGGCUGCUGGUGGAGGAUCCAAGUUGUUUUUUAGAUCAGGUCUGUUUGUUGUUGGUCCUGAAUCAGCUGGUGCACAUCCAGGUCCUGUAUGUUAUAAAAAGGGUGGACCACUAACGAUUACUGAUGCCAAUUUGUGCCUUGGUAGAAUAUUACCAGAAUACUUUCCUGCUAUAUUUGGUGAAACUGAAGAUCAACCAUUAGAUAAAUCAGCAACUUUAGCAGCAUUUAAAACUCUCACAGAUCAGGUGAAUACAUUCCUGUCAUCUCAAUCAGGUAGUAAGACUAUGUCACUAGAAGAAAUUGCCAUGGGUUUUAUAAAUGUAGCUAACGAAUCGAUGUGUAGACCUAUCAGAGCCCUAACACAGGCUAAAGGACAUGACACAUCGAGGCAUACUUUAGCAUGUUUUGGUGGUGCUGGGGGUCAACAUGCAUGUGCAAUAGCCAGAUCGCUUGGAAUGUCUCAGGUAUUUGUUCACAGAUACGCUGGUAUUCUGUCAGCUUACGGUAUGGCACUAGCAGACGUCGUUCAUGAAACUCAAGAACCCUGUUCGAAAGAAUAUGUAAAAGUAUCGUUUAGUUAUUUGGAUGAAAGAAUAGAGGCGUUGAAAGAAACAUGUAUUACUGAAUUACAAAGACAAGGAUUUGAUUUGGUUAAUAUAGAAACUCAAGUCUUCCUACAUCUACGAUACGAUAGAACUGAUUGUGCACUGAUGGUCAAUGCCGAUAGUUAUCCAGCAACCUCAGAUUCCAGUAAAUAUGGCGAUUUUAGAUCUGCAUUCAUUCAGAGAUAUCAGACAGAGUUUGGGUUUGUAUUAGUGAAUAGAUGUAUCAUGGUUGAUGACGUACGUGUUCGAGGUGUAGGUAAAUCAACAGCAGCAUCCAACCAAAAUAUUCCAUCUUAUACAGCUCCACCUACUGUUGAAAAGGUUGUGAAAUGUUAUUUUGAUAGUGGUAAUCUUGAUACUAGUGUCUUUCUACUUGAUAAAUUACACAGUGGUCAUGCAAUACAAGGACCAGCUAUAAUCAUUGAUAAAAACAGCACUGUUUUGAUAGAACCAUCUUGUACGGGUACUAUAACAACAACGGGUGAUAUACAUAUAGUCAUAGGAAGUGGUAUAAUAAAAACAGUUGGUAUAGAAUUAGAUACAAUACAAUUAUCUAUAUUCUCACAUAGAUUUAUGAGUAUAGCUGAACAAAUGGGUAGAGUUUUACAAAGAACCUCUAUAUCUACUAAUAUCAAGGAACGAUUGGAUUUUUCCUGUGCUUUAUUUGGUGAUGAUGGUGGUCUGGUAGCUAAUGCACCUCAUAUCCCUGUUCAUCUAGGUGCCAUGCAAGAAACAGUUCAAUAUCAGAUAAAAGCUCUGGGGGAUGAUUUACAUGAUGGUGAUGUCAUACUUAGCAACCAUCCUCAAGCUGGUGGCAGCCAUCUUCCUGAUCUAACAGUCAUUACUCCAGUAUUUCAUGCAGGUGAAAAGAAACCUGUAUUUUUUGUAGCUAGUCGAGGUCAUCAUGCUGAUAUUGGUGGUAUCACACCUGGUUCUAUGCCACCCCAUUCUAAGAUGAUCCAAGAAGAAGGAGCUGUAUUUAAAACAUUUAAAUUGGUAAACAAAGGUGUAUUUAUGGAAAAGGAAGUAAUUGAUGCCUUUAAUGAACCUAGUAAAUAUCCAGGAAGUAGUGGUGCCAGAGAUAUUAAUGAUAAUCUCAGUGAUUUACGUGCUCAAAUAGCAGCUAAUCAAAAGGGAAUUCAGUUGGUAUCGGAAUUAAUUAAUGAAUAUAGUUUAAAGGUUGUUAAUGCUUACAUGGCCUAUAUACAAAGCAAUGCAGAGAUUGCUGUCAGAGAUAUGCUAAAAGAAAUAGCCAAGAAAACAAAAGAAAGGACUGGACACACAAAGCUACAUGCAGAAGAUUUUAUGGAUAAUGGUAGUAAAAUAGGACUGGAUGUUGAAAUUGACGAACAGAAGGGGACAGCCAUAUUUGAUUUUUCAUCCACUGGUUAUGAAGUUCAUGGUAAUGCUAAUGCACCAAGGGCUGUAACUCUGUCUGGUUUGAUUUAUUGUUUAAGAUGUAUGGUUGGACAUAAUGUUCCUCUUAAUCAGGGUUGUCUGAAACCAGUAAAAACUGUUAUACCUAAAGGUUGUUUACUAGAUCCUUCUGAAGAUGCUGCUGUGGUUGGAGGCAACGUGACAACAUCACAGCGUAUUGUAGAUGUUGUUUUUAAAGCAUUUGGUGUGUGUGCUGCCUCACAGGGUUGUAUGAAUAAUAUAACAUUUGGUGAUAAAGAUGUUGGAUAUUAUGAAACAGUUGCUGGUGGGGCAGGAGCUGGUCCAACAUGGGAUGGUCGUGGUGGCGUACACACGCACAUGACCAACACUAGAAUUACAGAUCCAGAAAUUGUCGAAAAAAGAUAUCCUGUGGUAGUGAAAUGUUUCCAUCUCAACCCUGGUACCGGAGGUCAAGGUUUAUAUUGUGGCGGCGAUGGUGUUGUUAGAGAAUUAUUAUUCCGUAGACCCUUCACACUAUCAGUUCUAACAGAAAGACGAGUAUUUGUACCUUAUGGAAUGAAUGGAGGAGAGCCAGGUAAAUGUGGUGUUAAUCUCAUGUAUUAUAAAGAUGGCCGUAUUGUUAAUCUUGGUGGUAAAAACUCAGUUGAUGUCAAACCUGGGGACGUGUUUCACCUGGAGACGCCUGGUGGUGGGGGUUAUGGACCUGUUGAUGAACAGGGGAGUGAACCCAGAGCCAAACGUCGUAGAACAUCAUCUAAACAACAGAUUGAGAGAGGGAGUGUUUAUUCUUAUAAACUAAAACAAGAAUCUGCUUAAAAAACCAUAUCCAGUUCGUCUUCCUAUCUGAUUAAAAUACACAUUUGUAUUUCGUUUCGUUUUAUUAUACUUUCAAUGGGAUGGCCUAGACUACAUAAAGAUCUUACCGGAUGUACCGGAAGGUCGAAUCAGGGGUCUUGCAAGUGGCUUUUGAUCCUGACGUCAGACAUUGAUUAAUAAAUCUGGGUUGACGUUUCUAGUGGUUUACCACAGUUCCGUGGAUUGCAGGCCAAGAAAACUCUGUAACAGACCGUUUCAUUGGCUAAUCCCUCACUUAAACCAAAACGCCGGUAAUAUAACAACUCUUCCAGAUCCUAGUGUCGUUAAGACAAGCAAAACGAAAUUUUGAACUUUAAAAAACGAAACGAAAUAGGAUCUGUGUUUUAAUCAGGUUGUUCUUCAUAAAGGUCCGCUUAAAUAGGCGUUUGUGACGUGCGAUGUUUUAUAUUUCCACAUGCACAGAAAAUCGCUGAAACGUUUGGGGAAUCCCACGUAAAUGACGUCAUAGCUGAGGAUUUCUCUGUUGCCACUUUUAUUUAGUUAUUAUAAUAACACCAUGUCCAAAAAAUCUGCCAUUUGCAAGCAUUUGAUUAACUUAGUGGAAGAGAACCCAUGCUUGUACGACGCAACAAACAAUGAACUUCAAUAGUCCCAUUACAUUGAUGUUCUUCAUUAGCCCAGUCGGUUCAGAACAGUAGGACGUUAAACCCCAUUUCAUUUCAUUUCAUUGACCAUUACAUUUACCGUACAUGGAAAGCAGGCCAAUAACGAACGCCCUUCUUUUCCAUUAUAAUUUCAACCAGGGUCAAAAGAGUUUACAAGUGUCCAUUUAUACAGUUCUAAAAGUAUAUGAUAAAUUUGAUUAAAGUACAGAUAUAGAUUAUAAUGAUUCUGUUAUUUCUAUAAAAGUUUUAUAUUAUGGUGAUAGUCCACUUGCAUUUUAUAAUAUGAAUUAUAUCCAGAAAUAAAUACAUUUUAAUUAACUGUUA